AUGGGUCUGUCCUUGCAGAACCUGGGGUUGUCCUUGUUGGUCCUGGUCGCUUUCUCCGGUCAGGCAUAUGCAUUUGGUGCGGGUAAUAUCGCCUCUCUUUCCCGCCUGGAAGGUCAAAACUGGCGGCAUGGAGAUAUUGAGGAUGCCCUUUUGACUCUGUUCAUGGCAAGAGUCGCUGGUGGUAAGAAAUUCAGCAAGCUGGACGUGAAGCGGGUCUACUUCGGUAACUGGUUGCGUGAUUACAGCCAAGCAGUCGAUGUGGGUACCGUCAAGUAUGUUAGUGCUGAAGCCAUCCGUAUCCUACUCUGGGUACUGGGCUUCAUGAGUUUUGGAUACGGAACCAAAGAGUUUGAGGUCACCACGGAACGUCUUGGAUGUUAUCAGCCUACCGAGCAUAUUGAUAAUCCCUUGGGGUACGCCAUCGGGGAGGAUGCGCGUGACUACGAUCGUCGACUGCGUGGCCCCGUCGACGAAGAGCGAGAGCUUUCAGUGGAUCCCCGCACCGGCUUGAAGCACUACAUCGCAACGGAGGAUCUGGGUAUCGACACCUCGGCUGCGUUGAUUCGCCGUGUGCUCGGCCGCUCGAUUCAGCUGGGUCGUCGUUACGGCCAAUCCGGGAACAAGGACGACCUAUAUGAAGCUCUACGACUGUUGGGCACGGGAUUGCACUGCCUGGAAGAUUACGCUGCUCACUCUAACUACACCGAACUCAGUCUGAUUGAAAUGGGAGAGACAGAGGUCUUCCCUCACGUUGGACGCAACACUAAGCUGCAAGUGAGAGGUGUCGAUGACGAAGUCUACCCAAUCGUGACUGGUACCUUUGGCGGAGUUGAUUUCUUUCAUUCCGUACUGGGAGAGUUGUCAGAUAAGACAAUGCAGUCUGAGCUUGAGGGCUUGGAGAAUGUCGUCGCUCAAUCGGAGAAUCAGGAUGCCUCCGAGAGUUUCCUGCAAACUCUGCUGAGCAAGAUUCCUGAUGGGUUGCUGGGUGACAGUAACGACCAGACCGGUAAGAUGGAUGACUUCAAAUCAAAGGCGGAUGAUGCCAAGCAUGACGGCGAGAAUGUCAAUCCUCGGGAACCUGAAGAUUGGGCUCUCUACCUGGACAAUGUUCAGAAGCAGAUCUACCCAGUCCUCGAGUGGCACGACAACCUACUGAAACAAAUCAAUGCGGCCAUCGAAAAGAUCCCAGUCUUACCCGACCUGAUCGAGCAGAUUCAGGAUCAAAUCACCAUUUUUGUCUUUUCCAUUCUGGCUCCUUAUGUUCUUCCCAUUAUCAAGCAGGUCAAGUCCGAGCUCGAAACCGGUUCAUCGGAAGUGAUCCAAAGCAGUCGGGAGCAGCAGCAUAUUGUGUUCAACGAUGAUGACUGCUCAAACCCAACUCACUCAAUGCUCUCAAAGGACCACUUCUCCAACAUUUUGAAUGAACCAGCUGGGCGUAUUGCGUCAGCUGUUGUCAAAUGGUCGGUUCCACAGCUCAUGUCAUGCUGGGAUGAUGAGAAUGUCGAUAUCGACCGAACCCUUGACAGAAUCAUCUCCGGUGUUUUCCAUCACCCGGCUCUUCGUGAGUCUGGACGUGAUGGAGCUGCCGAUAUGCACCAAAUCAUGUUCUCCACGGUCGAGAAGUGGUGGAGCGAAAAGGACGAUGAGGAGCGUGACAUCCUCCGCGAGCAACUGAGCCGCGAUGGUGUCCUAGAAGGCAAGAACCAUAAAGAUGGCGUGCAGGAUUGUGGGCACGGAUGUGGCAAGCCGCUCGCUCUUCCCAAGUCUCAUGGGAGCUCUGGCGAGGGCCAAGGGUCCGGUGGCUCCGGUAUUGAGAACCUUGCCUCCGAAGCCCUGGGAGGAGGCGCAUUUGGAGGUAUACUUGGUGGACUAGUAGGAGGCAUGGGCUCUAUGCUUCUGAACAACAGCGGCUCCAAGCCUGACCGAGAGAGCCCUGAGCCGCAGAACUAUGACAGUGGAAAUUCUUACCAGAGUCGACCCCAAUAUGAGAGCCAGCAAUACGGAGGGGACUCUUACAAUCAAAUGCAGCCCCCUCGUCCGAGUGAAUAUGGACAGCCAAGCGAACCAAGUUACGGAGGCUAUAGUCAGCCGCCGAUUCAUCGCGAAGAAUACCGUCCCCGACCCCAUGGGUACGAAUAUCAAAGCGAAACUGUUUAUGAACAGCCUCCUGCGCGUCGCGAUGAAUACUCUGGCUACGCACCCCGAGCAGAGAAUUUUGGCCGGGAGGAGCACCACCAAUACCAGUCGGAAAGCCAGGGUUAUUAUCAGGAGCAGACACGGGAGACCUACCAAAGUGGCCAAUAUGAAUAUCAACGUACAGAGACGCAGUAUGGAUACGGAGGCCCGCCUCCCCGUCAGGAAUAUGGACAGGAGCCCUCUGGAUAUGGUAGACCGCAACCUGGCUAUAAUGAAUAUGAGAAUUCCGGCUACAGGCCCCAGGAAGGAUAUGGUCAGCGCGAGUAUGGCGAUGGAUACCGCCCCGAGCGACGAUACGAGGACGAGGAGCGCCCCAGGUACCGUUCGAACUCUCGCGGUGGGAGCAGCGAUGAUGAGGAACGUUCACACCGACACCACCGACACCACCAUCACCAUGAACGGUCUGGUUCGGAUUCGGAUUAG